ACGUCAUUCGUCAGGUCUAUCAUCCUGUCGUCUAUAUAAGCAUCGAGGACCCCACGACCUUGAUGGCCGACCCCGUCUUCUGGGACAGUCACUUAUGCAGGUGUAAAGUACAUCCAUAUUAAUCAAUCCUACCCCAUUCUUUCCCAGGCCUCCUACCGAGUCUUCCAACUUAGCCUAAGCCCAGUAUGCCAACUGCUGUCGUGACGGGAGCUAACUCGGGCAUCGGCUUUGCCUUCGCCCAGCUCCUUAUUCGAAAGGGCUACUCUGUCACUGCCGUCGACGUGAAUGUCGGUGAUAACAUCAAGUCGCUGGGAUGCGCAACCGCACAAGUGGAUGUAUCAUCUCCCGACUCAAUCGCCGCGUUUAAAAGCAACUACGGUUUCGGGUCUCUCGAUUUACUGCUGAAUAUCGCCGGAGUCUCGGUGCCCCAUGAUAAGGACGCGUUGUCGGCUGUUUCACACGACACGCUAACGAAGGUAUUUGGCGUGAAUACCUUCGGUCCGCUACUCCUCACCCAGGCUCUUCUCCCGAAUCUGCUCCUUUCGAAGACCCCGAAGCUAGGUGUCAUGUCCAGCCGCAUGGGGAGCAUCGCGGAUAACUCCUCCGGCGGCUCGUACUCGUACCGCGCUAGCAAAGCCGCCGUGAAUGCUAUCUUCAAGAGCCUGGCGGUUGAUCUGAGGGGUAAGGGGGUUACGGUCGUGAUCAUGCAUCCCGGGAUCACGAGGACGGGGAUGACGGCUGGGAUGGACGGGAUCGAGAGCGCGGCGGGGCCGGAGGAGGUGGCGGAGAAGUUGCACGGGGUACUGGAGAACAAGGGGCUGGAGGAGACGGGGAGGUUUUGGCAUAGGGAUGAUUAUGAGUUGGAGUGGUAGGUUAUAGGUAAACUGCGGGGAAUAAAUUGCAAUUUUGGGAGAUUAGUAGGCAUAGUUAAGGGGGGAUUUCUUUUUUCAUUACUUAGUGGAAGCCUCUGAUGGCGACCUGUCAACGAAACUACCUGGAUAUUUCUGAGUAUUCGAAUAGGGCAAAACAAAUCUGUCCCAA